AUCGCCGUUCUACACGGCUCAAGAAAGCACUAUACACCACACCAUGUCUACUGGUUCUAAGAUUACCUUUGGUUCCUCUUGUGUCCUUGCCGUCGGGACCAUGUUAUGGGUCCACUCUGUGCACAGAACCGAGAGAUUGAACUUGCAACAGGGCCCAAUCAAGGAUGCAGCCAGAGUGGCCGCCAAGCAAGAAAGGAGGGAGUUGAAGAAGACCAGCGAGGAAGCCGCUGUUAUUUCCAGAAAGAAGAUGUUGAACGAGCAAGAGCAUCUCUUACAGUUGGAGUUGAGAGAGAAGUACGCCAAGUUACAGCCUUUGGAUGGCGAGAUUGUCCAAGGUGAGAUGGCGUCGAGAAAGGAUUGAGAUCCGUC